CCUCCUAGAUCGAUACAGACCGACAUUGGAGUAUUCAGGACUGUUCAAAUGUAAAAAUUUAUAAUUUUUAUAUUAAAUCAACAGAAGUCGAGAUUUAAAUAUUAUCUAUGUCACUGACACGGAUGCACGGAAACUGACUUUUUUUGCAGGGAAGACGCAAUCUUAAGGCACGAGGGAUGAGUUUCUUGGAAAGCCAGGUUUAUAUAACUGAGGAUGAAGUGUUGGUUAUACCGAGUGAAGCAUCAUAGCACAGUGACGCUCUAUGUAUUGUUUUUGUGGAUUCUGAUGUAAUUGCAGAUGAGCCGUAUCUACCAGGACUAGAGGUGAUCCCCAGCCAGGGUCUAAUGAAGAGAUGUACACUCUAUCAUCAGCUACCGUUAAUAGCUACCAGGAGCAGGAGAUGGGCAAAUGCUCUCUUGAUGGCAUCACAGUGUUGAAAAAAUACUGACGGGUAUCUAUAGUUUUACGAAAAGAUAUUGUGGUACAUUUUUGUUGUUUUGGGAAGUAAUACUGGUGAAAAUAUAAACCAUGGAAAAAGUUUCAUCGAAGUGUGUGGCUUUGAAAAGUGGAAUAUUUUUUGUUAUAAUUUUAGAGUUUCUGAUUUUGUUUGUGAAUUGUCAAAGGGCUCCAAGAGCAGAACUUGACAUUAUUCUGCCGGAUGUUGAUAAAGUUGUCAACGCCAUUAAUACUAGGAAUUUAUUCAACAUUAUGAGAUCCAUCAGAAGAAUGUAUUCUCCAUUUCCAAGAAUUAUAAAACUGGAGAAUAGUAAUCCAAAUGAGAUUCUGGACAUUUUCUGUGAAACAGUGUUUAAAAAGAAUGUGAAUGCUUUAAUUCACUUAAGUGUCACCAGGAAAGCGGAAAAAUCUAAGGAUUACAUUCUAGGUUUAGCAACUAGUCUUGGACUUCCGGUCCUUUCCUUUGAUCCGGAUUAUGUGGGGGCGCUAGAGACAACUAAACUACAGGGCAGCGGUGAUGGAUCGAACCCCCAAAACAGGAUGGUCCUGCAAUUGGCCCCAACCCUUUACCAUCAGGCCCAGGCCAUGCUCAAGUUCAUGAUGACCUUCAACUGGACACAUUUCACGGUGGUAUCCACUACAGAGGACAACAAUUUUGACUUCACUGCCGCUCUAAGGACGCUCGUAAAAAAGAACAAUGACGUCAACAUCCUCAGCGGCCAGUUCAGGUUCAAAAUAAUGAAAGAGAUCAUAUUUGAAUACGACGAUAAAGAUUCCUAUGACGUCAUGACUAAGAAGGCUGUCCACUUCUUCAGAACACAAAACCCCAAAGACAGCAGAAUUUUCUUAUUACAUUCAAGUCAAGCAAAAACACUGUUGGACGCCGCUGCAGAAGCUGGUUUGAUAACUUACAAAUAUCUGUGGAUUGUGACGUCACAGAGUAUCGGAAUACCCACAAAGAGAGCUUCCAGAUCUUACCCACUGGGAACAAUAGGUGUGAGUUACGUAACAACAGACAGUAACUAUGCAGAUUCUGUCUACAACAAAGCUGUAGAAGUGGGCGUGGCCACGUGGGUGGGAGCAAUGGAGAAACUGAGGGGGCGUGUGCUUCAGCCGGAUUUUACAUGCAAUACGUCCGUCCCUGCUUCAUCCUGGGGCGCUGGGCAUGAGCUGUAUAGUCUGAUGAAAAACUACGAGAACACUCGAGGAGCGACUUUGGUCAGCUAUGACGAAAACGGCUUGAGUCGGAAUGUGGAGUUGAAUAUUCUCAAUGUACAACUGGAGGGGUACAGCAACGUGUGGCGGGAGAUUGGCCGUUGGUAUGCAGAUAAGCCCACCCUCAAACCUAAACUGGAGUUGAAUGGGAUCACGUGGCCGGGGGACAGAAAAAUCCCUCCGCGGGGGAGACCCGAGCGGAGGUACUUCUCUAUAGCCACCCUGGAGGAGGAACCUUAUGUAAUGUACACUAAGAAGAACGAGAAGGGCACUUGCAACCCUCCCGCUGUACCCUGUAGAAUACAUUACAAUAGAACUGUACAUGGCGACGACCCCUCAGUAGUUAAUGGAACCGUACAAUGGUGCUGCGCAGGUCUGAGUAUAGACCUAUUGGAGAUCUUCAGAACACGCCUAGAGUUUGACUACGACCUGUUUGAAGUCCCAGAUCGCACAUGUGGAGUAAAGAACCAGGAAACUGGCCAGUGGAACGGCUUAAUAAGGAUAAUCCAAGAGGGCGGGGCCGACAUGGCUCUGACGUCACUCCAAAUAACACCCAGCAGAUCGGAAGCUGUUGAAUUCACAGUUCCAUAUUUGGAAACGGGAACGUCAAUUAUCGUUUAUCUGCGAAAUGACACCAUCUCAGCUUAUGCAAUUUUAGAGCCGUAUGAUUACGGAGCCUGGUGCCUCAUUCUCUUCAUAAGCGUACACUCUAUGGGGGCGUCUAUUUUUAUCUUCGAAUGGCUGAGUCCCGAAGGCUUGGAUCAAGGCAGGACUCCAAUGCGAGAGCAUUCGUUUUCCCUUUUCCGCUCUUUCUGGUUGAUGUGGGCCAUGCUUUUUGGCGCCGCCGUGUCAGCUGACAACCCACGUGGUGUCUCGGCGCGUUUUAUGGGGAAUGUCUGGGCGCUGUUCGCUCUGGUAUUCCUCGCCAGCUACACUGCUAACCUGGCCGCCUUCAUGAUCACUAAAAACACCUUCUACGAUCUAGAGGGCAUCACAGAUUGGAGGUUGAAUUCCCCCCUGAAGCAUCAGCCACCUUUCAAAUUUGGGACCGUGUUUAACAGUAGCACAGAAGAAAACCUGCGCGUCAACCACCCUGCUAUGUUUAAGUACAUGCAACAGUUUAAUACUCAUACUGUGAAAGAAGCCAUUGAUAAACUAACAAAAAGUGACAUCCAGGCCUUUAUGUAUGACUUCACUCCUUUACAAUACCAAGUAGGCAUCGAUAAGAACUGUCGCUUGAUGUUGGUCGGUAAGCCGUAUGCCAUGUCAGGAUACGCAGUGGCCUUCCCCAAGGGUCAAACAGAGCUCAAAGAGGAACUGGACGAACUGAUUUUAGAAUUACAAGAUGACGGUGAACUCGAAAGACUCCGGAAGUAUUGGUUGUCGGGUCCAUGUUAUUCCAAACAGCGGAUUGGUCAAUCCAGUCAGAGGCUGCGCGUGCUGAACUUCACCAGCGCUUUUAUCUUGUUAUCUUCCGGUAUUGUAUUAGGAGGAUUACUUCUUGUAAUGGAGCACCUAUACUUCCGGUUCGGCCGAAAAUAUUUGAAAAAGUACGAUAAGUGUGGGUGUUGUGCCCUGGUCAGUUUGAGUAUGGGGAAAUCGUUAACAUUUGAGCAAACAAUUAUGGAAGCCAUAGAUUUGAAAAAGAAACACAAAUGCAAAAAUCCUAUAUGUGAAACGCAGCUUUGGAAAGUUAGACAUGAAUUGGAUAUAGCCUUGUUAAAAGUCGAAAAACUUACAAAGGAGUUAAGACGUGAAAGGAAUUUACAUGCAUUAACUUCAAGUCGUGAUGAUACAGUGGAUACCUCUGAACCUUUACCGAUAGGAUGGAAAGACAGUGAAGAAAAUGAUAAACCUCCUGACUCUUCUGAAAAUACAGGUGCGGAGAACCUUAAACCAGAAAAUAAUAUACGACGUUCUCCUAGCUAUACUCAGGCCGUGACCUCUGACCCGCCAGAUGACGACGAGGUCAAACAACCCGAGAGGUCAGACCUUAGAUAUAGAGACGGAAAAGUUUAUCAAAAAGUUGAUGAUGGCGAAGUGUGAAAAAAGGUCGUAGGGAUUUCAUUUAAAUCGUCAUGUGAUUCAGUUAGCUACAAUCAGCAUUACAACCUCUAAUGCUCAGAACCGUCCAUUUGUGCCAAACGGCAGACGACAACCAGUUGGAGUUUCUCUCCCCUUUCAAAGCAACGAGAUGAACACCAAGGAACACGCGCCGUGUGUGUCUUGCUUGAAGGAUUAUAAGUGCCUUAGUAUUAGCCAAACUUGUUGGAGAAAACUAUUAGUUCAUAAUACUUUACAAUUUCUUAUUAUCAAUGUUAGCUGCUGAUUAUCAAUUGAAUCAAUUGUUAAUUAUUGUACUCGAUUCCAUUAUAAACUUAAGAGUGCAAAAUGCGACUGAUUGAAAGUAGAAAAUGAUUAUAUGCUAUAUAAAUGUUAUUUUGUUUGUGUGUGAGCUAACAGUGUCAUUAUUAUUGUUUAACUAAAAAAGAUGUUUUUCAUCUGUUUGGAUUCCAACACAGGUAAUGUCCAAAUCCAGAUUAUCUGAUGUUUUCAUGAUACAAGUCAGAUUGUUGUUUGACUGGAAUGCAUGUGUAUUUUCAGAUGAAAGAAAAUGAAUUUCUCAAAUAUCAA